AUGAAUUAAAAAGAAACUUCUUCUGUUAAUACAUCUCACUAACAAUAACAUUCUCAUUAAAAUAAAGAAGAGAGUAAAUUAAAAAGUCUAUUGUAGGGUAGCUAUGAUUAUAUUCACAGAGAAACUGGAAAAAUGAUAUAAAAAGUAACUUGAUUUAUAUAGUUGAAUAGAAACUUUAUAAGCGAGCAUAUUAGCUUUUAGAUAAGUUUUAUAGUCAAAGAAAAGAUUUAGAAUUAGGUGAAAUGGUUAUGCUGAAUCGUCGGAUAAUUAAUUGCAUAAAUAAAAUAAUAAAAAAGGGAUUGUUAAAACCAGAUAUUGAGUAAGAUAGACCUGAAAUAAUGAUUUAAAUUAUUUAAAGAGGAACUUAAGCAAUAUUUGAAUUAUACAAAUACUUAAAUCUUUAUAUAUAGAAAGUUAUGCCCAAUGAAAUGAAAGGAGUUGUGUAUUGAAUUAUUUAAAUUUUUAGUUUAGAAGAUGUUUCGCAUUUAACAAGUUCUGAUGAAGAAGGAUAAGAAAGAAUAAAAGAACAGGAAGUUACUGUUCUUUUCUACAAAAUUAAUGAAUAUGAAAAAUAAAAAAAAGAGAGAACAAAAAAAUAAGCAAAAGAGAUAAACUUUUAUGAGUAAGAAGUAUCUGAGUCUAGUCGUAUAGCUAAUAUGAUAGUAAAAACAAUAAAACCAUUAAAUAUACAAUUUGAAUUAGAUUAAUACUUCUACAAUUUAAUUGAAUUACAAUUAAUGGCAAAUUUAGUCUUUAAAAAAGCCAAUAAGCCAAAGGUUGCUUAUUAUUAUUUAUUAGAAGCUUAAAGAAUAGCAAAAUAAAUACUUGAUACACCAAAUCCUAAUUUAGUGAAUACUUGUGCAAAAGCAAAAGUUUAUUUAUCAAAUUAUUAUUAUGAAAUAAGUGAAUAUGAAGAAUCAUUAAGAGUAGCUGAAGAAGCAAUAGUAAUUUUAUGUGGAGAAAUGAGGAUUCGGAUUAAUUAAGAAAAAUUUACAUAAAGAAAGUACAAAAACAGAGAAAGAAAGAGGAUGAAGAGAUGUGUUAUAACAACUUUAUCUGCUUUAGUUACUAUUAUGUGUAAUUAUGAAGCUUAGAAUAAUUAUCAUAGGAUUGUAGAGUCAUUAACAACAGCAAGUUGGUUAGCAGAAAAAUAUAUAUAAGGAAUAGAUGAAUUUAAGAAACAUAUAAUAAAAUUGGCAAGUGAGGGAAAACAUAGAGUUGAAUAAAAUCUCAAAGAUUUAGCUGAUUUAAGUUUUAUAGCUGAAUCGACAUUAGAUUCAGAAUUACAUAAAAUAAGGAAAAAACAUAGAGAUUAAUAAGAAUAAUCAGAAUCUCAAUAUUUAAAGAAGUUUAAUAAUGAUAUGUAUCAUCUCUUUCAAAUAAAACCUUUAAAUUAAUAAUUAUAUUUAAAAACAUAAGUAAAAUAAGAAUAUAAAAUAAAUAAAUAAUUUGAUUAAAAAGUUGUUGAGUAAUCAUAACCUCAUGGUACUGAUGCAUCAAUUAAUAUAUUUGAUAGUGAUUCGAAUAGUUAAGAUAGUUUUUUUGAUGGAAGUUUUUUUGCACCUUCUAUAGAUAAUUUAUAAUUUGAUGAUGAUAUGUUUGAAAAGAAAAAAACAUAAUCAGUUUCUAAGAAGCCAAUAUCAAAUAAUAGAAGAUUAGUAAAAUUAAAUAGAAAAUUGGGUAAAUCAGUUGGUUUGAUUAAAAUUGGAUUGGAAAGACCUUUAGAUCAUAAAUCUAAAAUUUUAACAACUAAUUAAUAUUUUAAUGAAUAUCCAAAACCAAAAAAAACUGAUGAAAAGAAUGUAAGUAAUGCAGGAACAUUAUUAAAGAGAUAAUUAGAAAAUAUAGAAUAUAGAGAACAUCCAGAUAGAGAUGAACAUCAUAAAUAAGAUUUGGAUGUAUAUGUUAAUAAAAUGGUAACUGGAAAGAUUGAAACAAAUGAAUUCAGUGAUUAUAAUGAUAUUUUAGGAUAAUUGUUUAGUUUAAGAAAAAAGGAAGAUUUUGAUAAAAAAGAAUUUAAUUUUGGUAGGAAAAUGUUAAAUUUGAAAGCAAAAGAGGAAAUUAUGUUUUAUAAAGAAUCAUUCAAUUCUCCUCCAGUAAAAGUGGAAAUUGAUACAAAAGUUAGAGAUUAAGCACAUAUUAUAGAUGGUAAAAUAACAGCAGAAAAAGAAUUAAAAGAAUUAAAACGAAAAAAAAUUGAUAAAAUGGUAGCAGGUAAAAAGAUUGUAUAGAAUAAUGUGAAUAUUGAUUUAAAAGAUGAAGAAGAAACAAUUUAUUUGAGAAAAGUAUUAGAAAAAAGUAAAAAGAAGAAAUUAAAAGAUUUUAUUUAUAAACAUAGAGAAGCUUUAGGUUUAUCAAAGUUUUUUGCUAAUUUACUUAGAGAAUAAAAAGAAAAGGAAAGAAUUUAAAAAUUAAAAUCAGCCUUUGAAAGAGAAAUUUAAGUAUAAAAUCCUGAAAAUGAAAAUUAACAAUAGUAGUAAUAAUAAUAAUCUUCAAAAUAAAGAAAAAAUGUAAGAAUUUUAGUACAAGAGAUUGAUAAAAAACCUUUUAAUCAUUAAACAUCUUUGUAGCCUUCUUAAGGAAGAAAUUCUUUAACAGGAUUAGAUGAUACAAAGAUAUAAUCAACAUAAAAUUUAAUACAACCAAAAUCAAGUUCAAUUCCUAAACCUAUUUUGAAAAAGAUGGGAGACAAACAAUAAAAUUCACAGAUAAGUUAAUCAGUAAUAAAUUUGGAAGCAUAAGGGACAGAUUUGAUUUUAUAAUAAGAGAAACAAUAAAAGGCUUAAAAAUAGAUAAGAGAUUAAAUAGAAAAAUAAUAAAAGAAAUCUCACUAAGUAAUUGGUAUGAUAAUAGAUGGAGUUGAAAGGAAAAUGGAUAUUGAAAAUAAGGAACUGAGUAAAAUGCUAUUCAAAUAAAAAGGAGGACAGAAAUAAUAUAUUGAUGAUGAUGAAAAAACAUAUUUAAAAUUUAUGCCAAAAUUUUCAGAUAUGAGUAGAUCUACUUAUUUGAUGUAUAUUAAAAAAGAGUUAACUGAAAAAUAAUUAUUCAGUUUAGAAGAUAAUUAACCUCCAAGAAUGCCAAUGCCCAAAAAGAAUCAAUUGUCAGAUAUGGCAAUGAUGUUUAAGGAAUUUGGAUAAUAUUGA